AAGGAAACUUGCUAAUUUUAUUAAUUAAACUAAUUAAUAAGUGUCUUUGUAUAUUUCCCCCCUCUGUGUGUUUCCCCCCUCCCAAAGGUCUAACAUAAAUUCCAAAGCCUACGGUAUUUCCACCUAUACCACCAACAGUGCACGAGUGCAUCAAAGAUCCAAGUGAGGUUAUGCCAAAAGCAUCUGACAGUUGUGAGUUUGAAAAUAAAUAAAUAAAUAUGGCAAAGUUGGAGGAGACAAAUUGGAGGAAAUGCAUUAUUGAACAAAUACAGGACAGGAACAGGAAUCAAACCCGUUACUUCCAUGACAUAAUAACGCAAAAUAACAGGUUAUUUGAAAAUGCCAAUGCCUUGCGAAGUGAGAAUCUGCAGCUGUCCAUACAGAAUGAGAAACUCAAAGCCGAUACCGGCAGUCAACCUAUCUCGAAUGCAUCUGGGGACUCUAAGUUGACCGAACGUAUCCAAUUUUUAGAGCAGAAGGUUCUGGUGCAGCAGGAGGAACUAACCGAGCUGCAUCGGAGAAAAGGAGAGAAUGCCCAACAAAUUAUAGACUUAAAUGUUAAGCUUCAGGAGAGGGAAAAAGUCUUGGCGUUAAAGGAAACUAGUUUGGAGGAAGCACUUUCAUCAAAUUCUGUUCUAAAAGUCGAGAUAAGGAUGCAUGAAAGCAAUAUGAAAGAGAUGGAAAACCUCACACAGAUGCUGCGUGAUGAACAUCAAGCACUGCAGCUUGCUUUCAAUUUGCUCGAGGAUAAGUUGAGAAAAGUCCAGGUAACUCUUGAUGAAAAUAGACAACUUGUGGAGAGGCUGAUUUCGUACAAGGCGAAAGACGCGCAGAAAAUGAACGAGGAUAACGAUAACUUCUUGAACCGUGCACCCAAACAGCAUUCCGCACUGACUUUGAGUACUUUUGGUCUGUUCAGGUACGUGUCUUAAAAUAGUGCAACCGCA